AUGGCGGUGGCUUCAGCACCAGUUAAAGGAGUGAAUCUUGACGACACCACUGCAACCACCACAGUCUCCGGAGGAUCACCGAAUGACCUAAUAAAAUGUGGCGGUUGCCCUUGUAACAAUCCUUGCUACAUUACUAGUCCUCCUCCUCCUCCUCCACCGCCACCACUAUCACAACCACCACCACCACCACCCAAGAUGCCUUCUCCAACACCCGGCCUGAACUGCCCUCCCCCACCCACUGGAGUUGGAUAUGCGUUGGGCCCUCCGGCAUACAUUUACAUAACUGGUCCACCAGAAAAUCUCUAUCCCGUCAACCAGUAUUUCUCCGAUGCCCACCGAAACUUCUGGGGUGCGUGCCCUCUUCUGGUGAUGCUUGGAUUUUUGGGUGUGCAUAUUGUUUGCUAA